GGAGGAUAUAGCGACAACAUGUCCUGUCUCCACAUCAGAUGGAUUUUUCUCACUCUGUGUUUGGCUCCAACUGCUUUGUCGAGCCUGCACCCUGAAUGUGAGUUCAUAUUUCAGCUGGAGAAAGAGAAGCGUAACUGCCUUCAGUACAUUAAAGAGCAAGGCAACAGAAGCUCAGAAGUUUGUCAGCCAUUCUGGGAUGCAGUUGUCUGCUGGCCUCACGCCGUCAUGGGGGAAACAGUCCACAGACCUUGUCCUGCGGUCUUCUCCCUCUUCAGAAACAACACAGGUUCAGUGAGCCGUAACUGCACCAGCAGAGGUUGGUCCAGACUAUUUCCACCGUACGACAUUGCCUGUAGUGUGGAUGAUGACAUUCCUGAGACAGAGCAGUCAUACUUUGCCACAGUGAAGCUGAUAUACACCAUCGGCUACAGCAGCUCUCUAGCGGUGCUGGCUGUUGCUGUGUUGAUCCUGUUGCUCUUUAGGAGGCUGCGUUGUGCUAGGAACUUCAUUCACAUCCAGCUCUUCAUCACAUUUAUUCUGAAAGCUGUGGGGGUUUUCAUAAAGGAUGCUAUUCUCUUCUCAAGUGAUGACACCAACCACUGCACCCUUUCAACAUUUGCCUGUAAGGCCUCUGUGGUCUUCUGUCACUAUUGUGUAAUGGCCAAUUUUUUCUGGCUACUGGUGGAGGCGCUCUACCUCAAUUCCCUGCUGCUUUCGUCUUUCUAUCACAGCCGUCGAUGCCUCUGGGGCUUCAGCCUGCUGGGAUGGGGUGUGCCUGUGCUCUUCAUCAUCCUGUGGAUUGUAUCCAGGGUGUACUUUGAGGACACAGAAUGUUGGGACAUCAACGAGGACUCGCCCUAUUGGUGGAUCAUCAAGGGACCAAUUGUUGUGUCUAUAGCGGUCAAUUUUAUGCUCUUCAUGAACAUCAUCAGAAUUCUCAUACAGAAGCUCAAUCCUCGGCUGAUCCAGUUUAAUAACUCCUCUCAGUACAGACGCCUGACUAAGUCCACCCUCCUCCUCAUCCCUUUGUUUGGUACUCACUACAUGUUCUUCAAUUUUCUGCCCGACUACUUCAAUGUUAACCUGCGCCUCUGUAUCGAGCUCUGCAUGGGAUCCUUCCAGGGGCUUCUUGUUGCAGUUCUCUAUUGCUUUCUCAAUGAAGAGGUUCAGAAAGAGGUCCACAUGCAUUGGAUGCGGUGGCAGGAGCGGAGCUAUGGCGUGGUGUCACCCGCUGCAAAGGGCAGCCAGAUGGACACGCCCUUCUAGUGGUGUCCUGACAUGCUUUCACCCUCUUCCUAUAGGACUUCUGCUACCAGAACAUUCACAGCGGAUUGCUUCUGUGCAUCAGUCAUCGUCUCUAAUGGGCUGUGCAGUUCACACAAUACCAGUGGUCACGCACCAUUGAAGCCUGAGUCUGUACGUUUUCAUUCCAAACUCUCUGACAGACUGUUUUACUGGCUGCACU